AUGGCCACUAUUCGGUUCUACACGUGUAAACAAGCUUGAAAAGUUUCUCUGCUAAUCAGUGCUACAUAAACCCUCAGAGUUCCAUAUAAGUUACUGGAAUACACCAUGGUGAAAUCGAAGAAAGCAGCUUUAAAGUUAGCGAGAACAUCGGGUCACAAAAAAACAAAAGAAGUCACAAACAAUCCUUUUGAAAUACAUACAAAUAGACGAAAACAUGAUAUCUUGGGAAGGAAGUUUAAACAUGAUAAGGGCUUACCCGGGAUUUCAAGGUCAAAAGCUAUAAAGAAGAGGCAAAAGACACUCCUGGUGGAGCACAAGCAAAAAAAUAAGGCAAACAUGUUUAUUGAUCGCCGGUUUGGUGAAUAUGAUGAAAAAAUGUCACUGGAAGAGAAGAUGUUGAAAAGAUUUACAAUGGAAAAAAAGCAUCACCAUGAUCGGCAUGGAAAGUACAGAUUGGAGGACGAAGAGCUGACUCACUUAGGACAAUCACUUGGUGAUAUUGACAAGUUUGAAGAUGUGCAGCUGAGUGAUGAUGAUGAUGAUGAUAUGGACAAGUCUGCAGAAGCUGAUCAUGUUAGAGAGUUGCAUUUUGGUGGUUUUCUCACAAAGAAAAGAGCAGAUGAUGAGCAGACUUCAGGAAAACACAAGAGCAAGAAAGAGAUCAUGGAGGAAGUGGUUGCCAAAGCAAAGAUCAAAAAGCAUGAGCGGCAAAUGGCCAAAGAAGAGACAAUCACCUUAACAGACAAGCUGGAUCAGGAUUGGAGGAACGUCAAGAAUCUAAUUUCACUAAAGAGGCCACACACUGAAGAGGUUGUUUCCAAAGUAGAUGAUUACGACAUUGCUGUCAAACAGUUGGCUUUUGAAAUUAAAGGGAAAGCCACUGACAGACUGAAGUCAGAACAUGAGAUUGCCAAAGAAGAACAGGAACGAUUGGAAAAAUUAGAGCUUGAGCGUCAACGUAGAAUGAGAGGUUUACCUGCUGUGGCUGAGAAACCAAAGCAUAUAUCAGCUGAUGACCUUGGUGACAGUUUCACACCUGCUGUAGAUGAAAGAUUCAUGCUUAGUUACCAAGAUGGAUCAGUGCAUGAUAUGGAAGAUGAAGAAGAUGAGGAUCAGAUAAGAAGAGAAGCUGAAAACAGUGAUGAAGAAUCUGAGGUAGAUGGGAAGGAAGAGGAAGAAGAGGAAGGGGACAAUUCUGCUGCUGGCGAUGAUAAUGAUGAUAAUGAUGAUGAGGAGGAGGAUCAAGAUAGUGAAAGCUGUGAAGAUGACAAUGGUUCUGACCUUGAAUCAGAUGUUAGCAAUGAUGGUGUGGAAGAUGAGGCUGACUCUGAAAUUGAAAUACCAGGAAAUCAACAGCAACAAAAAAACAAUGUGCAAAUAGAAAAGACUGAGGCAGAGGUUGUUGAGCCAACAAAAGAAGAACUACCUUUUACUUUUAAAGCACCAAAAUCUCUUCAAGAAUUUAAGGAACUUAUCAAGGGCUGGUCAUAUAAGCAACAGUUAACAAUCAUUGACAGAAUCAAGGCAUGCCAUAAUCCCAAGAUUACCCCUGCAAAUAAACCAAAGAUGGAGGUUUUGUUCACCAUUUUGUUGGAUUAUGUCGGUGAACUCUCCCAGAUGGGUCCUGAAGGAAUCAAGAUGAUUGAUGAGCUGUCAAGACAUCUCUUUGAUGUAUCCCAGUACUCUCCGGUACACUCCGCCAGGUGCAUGCAACAGAUUGUAGAGGAUAUACACAAGAAAUUCACCCAGAAUUGCGAAAGACAAGGUGGAAAAGGAAUGUUCCUGGGUCUUACUGAGUUGCUUUAUCUUCGCAUCGUAUCGAUGUUGUUUUCGACGUCAGACUUCAGACACGCUGUUUGUACACCAGCUAUGGUUCUUCUCUCCCAGGUUCUUGGCCAGAGUCCUGUACGGUGCAUAAGAGAUGUACUUAGGGGUCUUUUUGUCUGCGAUUUGUUUUACGAGUUCGUAUCUCUCUCCAAACGAUUCGUACCUGAGGUUGUCAACUUCCUCUGUGGAAUUCUCUUUAUGGCUUCGAAGAAAGAAGUCCAUACCCCUCAGCUUGUUCUCCCGUUUAAACACAGCAGCAAAUGGCGCGACCUUCUCAAACUUCAGUCAGAUUCAAGUUCUUUGACCGUCAAGCCCUUACCGCUGACGACUCUGGAAGAAAGCACGGCAGAUGUACAGACGACAGAUGAAACAAGGGUUAACUCAGUCAACCAUUGCUUGUCCAUUUUGCAAAAAUUUGUUGAUUUGUACCAGGACUUACCCGCAAGUUUUGAGAUAUUUGCUCCUGUGAAAGAACAUUUACAAAGAAUACCUUCAGAUCUUUAUCCUGCUUCUGUUCAGGAAAUUUACCGCAACCUUCAAACGAGAACAAAUGAACUCUUCACCAAGAGCCUGAAUCGUAACCAUCUCACGUUACAAGCGCGUAAACCGGAACCUAUCAAGACAUACGAACCAAAGUUUGAGGAGCAUUACGAGGUUCGAUCAAGGAGAGGUACCGGGAACAAAGCAACGAACGAAAAGCAGAAGCUACGAUACAAAUACAAGAGAGAAUUUAAGGGCGCUAUAAGAGAAAUAAGAAAGGAUAACCAGUUCCUAGCGAAACAAAAGCUGAAAGAACAGUUAGAGAGGGACACAGAACGUUUGCAUAAAGUCAAGCAAAUUGAACACAUGUUGUCCAACCAGCAAGCGGAAACCAACGCCAUGAACCGGAAGAAGAGAAAACGGGGAAAGUAAUAAGAGAAUAAACGUGAACCGAACUGGCUGGUCACGUGUUCUCGUGGCGUCUCACUCGGCGAUGGACUCUCCGUGAACCUCCGAUACGAAAUUAACUUGAUGACGAUUUGUCUUCUUCAGUCGCCGUGAUUUUUCUUCUCUGUCUUGGAUCAUUCAGCAGCCUUAUUGACCACAACCGAAAAGCUACAGACAGUUUGAACAACCAUUGGGUUCCAUUUAAAACGAUGGGUUUUUUUUUAUUCAUCCAUGCAGUAUUUAGAUUCGAGCAUAGACUUUGGGCAACUCAACAGUCGCCUCCAACAGGAAUCGAUCGAUGGUCCCAUUAGGCAGUGAGCUAAAAAGUUAUGAAAUAAAAUUAUUCUGAACAGUUUCAGAGAUCAUUCUGAUCAA